ACGUUAUGAGAAUUGCAGAAGCAGAUGUUCCUUUCCGCGGGCAAGAUUUCCCAUUGUUUCUAGAACUUAUCAGGUAUAACUAAGACAACUUCUUGGGUUUGAUUCUCGCUAAGUUGUCGAUUUCCCCCUCCCUCCCAUACGGCCAACUCUCUCAUGUGGAGUCGACGACGAUCUUCCGGGUACUUAUCAAAAACCGAGUAAUAAGAAUCUUAGUGUUCCCGAAACCAAAAUUAAUAUUGCUCGCUUUCUGCUGCCUUCUAAAAUUACCAUCAGCUACCAAUAUUGUCAGGCUUAGUGUGUAACCGAACCGAAUUCCGUGGUGGCUGUGGAGGAGAAACUGGACGGGUUAACUGCAACUUUUUUCUUUUCCUCUUCUUCUGCGGUGAGAUAUUCUGAUUACCUGCCAUCAUGAUACCAUAAGGGCCUCAUCAGCCAUGGAUUCGAUUCUACGCCGUAACGGAAUGCCAACCGCCAGGAUGGCGGCCCAACAGCUCGGCCCUCAGUUGCUCAAUGGCUGUUUUCUCGAGGCUGAUCGCGCCGAUAUUGUUGGUCUUAAUCUCCAAGGGCUACGAAAUUGUCUCCCGGAGCAGUUCCACGCCCACCUGAGCGGGGUCAUCGAAGAGAUCUAUAACACGAGCCGCUUGCUACGAGACCUUGCAGAGCAGGCCCAGAUUCACGUUUCCCAGUUGCCCGCAGUCUUCGACUACCUCAAUGUCAUCCUGCCGUGCCUCUGCAAAACGCUCCGAGAUAUCAUGUCGUUCUACGAGGACAAGUCGAUGAGCAAAGAGUAUCGAUGGAGAACCAUGUACUAUAAACUUGGUAACGAACUCCCUGGCACCACGCUGCCGGCUAGAUUUAUCAUGUAUAACCAGUUCCUGCGAUUGCUCCAGGAGCUUCUUACAAGGUCUCCAAAUUUCGAUCUGAAUGGAAUGGAAUCUUUGCGCCUCCGUAUUCUUCAACUACGCGCGGCUCGGAAGAUGCCCCCGCCCAGCCCUAUAAGAACGGAUCUGAUCAGACGAGAUGAAGCGCUCGAGUUCUGGAAUCGAGAGACAAAUUCGCAUUGGGCCGAGGCCAUCUUCACCCAACCCCUACCGUCUCGGAGGGAAUUCAAACAUCAAGGAAGCUCAGAUGCGUUCGGCCCGUUGCAGCAGCUCGGUCACCUCCCGCCGCUGCCGCGAGACGUCAAGAUCCUGGUCAAGAGAUCAUUCGAUAACGAUCGUAUCUCCGUCAUUUUCUUCCUGCAGCUGCGAGACCAGGCGCCGUCUCUCCUGAUCCGGUCCAAAGACACCAGCCGAAUCUGGGUGUCCGUCCUCGGCGUCCACGAGCUGUCUAUCCGGCGGGAGAGCGACUCGGUCCUGGUCCUCUCUCGAUGGAGUCGGUCGGAGCACAAAGCAAAGCCUUGGGCGAGCUUAUCGUUCCUGACCUGGGAAGAAAUGGUGCUUUUUUACUGCACGUUCUUGUGCCUAAGGGUCCGCAGCCAACUUACGCUCAACGUGAACCCCGAUGAAUACCGCCUCCACAGGGAGAGGCGUCUGUUCCAAGCUCAAAUUAUCGACGACGGUUACCGACAUGUUCUCAUGGUAUUCGAAGACAAGGCUACAGGUGGCUGCCGCCUCCACGCUGCCGAGUGGGAAGGCAAGCUACGAGCGUGUCCGAUAUGGACGGCAUUCAUUCCGCCGAACGUGUCUUCAUCCUGGCUCCUGCGCAAGUCGAGGCGCCACAUCUGGCUGCGCGACAUCCAGCCGUACGUGUUCUGGGAGAAAUACCGGCCCACGAACCAGCGCAAGGGCCGCUUCGGCGCCUUCGAGCUCGCCUUCGCCAACAGCGAGGCCGCCACCCGGUUCCAGGAGCUGUUCGCCUCGUCGCCCGACGUCUCCGCUGCGUCGGCCGCCCCGGAGUCUUCCGAGCAUAACGAUAGGGUCGACGAGGCUGCUUAGUGGGUGAACUGAUCUGGACGAAGGGGGGAGGGUAAUAAGGGGUAAAUAAACCCCUCCGGAGACGCAUGAUAUAAUACGUGUCGUGUCGUAUGAAUAACGGCACCCUCGAACCCC